GCGCUUCUUCCUUCCUAGUAUUUUCGUUCUGUACUAUAAAUGUGCCGUUUUUUUGAAGACAUCACAUGGAAAAGAGAGAGCAAGAAACUGAAAUUUUGAAUUUUAAUUGAACUCUUAGAGUUGCAGUGUGUGAGGGUCACCCCAUUCCUAUUUCCUGGGUUUAAUCUUUUUCUUUUAUGAUAGGCUCAGAAAGUGGUUUUGUGUUGUGGAUUGAGUCAAACGGAAACACUUUGGAGGACAAAAUUUUGUAGGUAGGGUAACAACCAGGGAGAGAAGUUGGAUUAGUUUUGUGAUUUGUGGAUUUGAGAUGGAUCAUAGAUGUGCCAGAGAUGAGGAUGCUCAAGUUGAUCUUGAAAGUGGGUUGGCACUGGCUGAAGAUGACUCAAAAGAAGGAAAGAUAUUAUACACCAAGAUUUCAUGUGGGCUUGUCGGAGAUUGUCUAAAAGGUGAAGAUGGGUAUAGUGGAUGCUGCAAUGAAUCAAAGUUAACUGUAGUUUCAAUGGACAUGGUGAAAGUGACAAACAAGUUGUACUCAGUAGAGUUUGGAGAGAAUAACAGUACCCCGGUAGCAGUAAAGGAGAAACGCAAAAAGUCCAGUAAUAAGAAGGCUUCCAAACCUCCAAGACCUCCAAGGGCUCCCUCACUGGAUGCAGCUGACCAAAAGCUUAUCAGGGAGAUCAAUGAACUUGCCAUGUUGAAGCGCGCAAGGAUAGAGCGAAUGAAAGCCUUGAAGAGGAUGAAAGCUGCUAAAGUAGCAUCAUCUUCCAGUAGCAGUAUGUUUGCUAUGGUUUUCACUGUUGUCUUCUGUAUUGUCAUAAUACUCCAAGGCAUGUCAUCUGGAAAAGGUGCAGUGGCAACAUUCCAGGAAUCUCCUGUACCUGCAGCUGCAGGAGUAACAGAAGGUGGUCUGGUUGAUGUUCAACACCAACUCAAUCCAUCUUCAAGUAAGCCAAAUGCACCUGUUUUAGAAUCUCACAAAAUUGUACAGCAAAUUACUGGUUCAGAUUUGCUCGCAAAACUGAGAAGAGAUGCAGGUUAAUGCAAAUAUAGUGACACUGACACCAAGAAUGUUGCUGUCAUAUGGUAUUGUACCUCAUGCUUCUCACCAAAGAUUUUUUUCUUGUCUUUCAAAUGUAUUUCAUUGUUAUUAUGAGACUGAAUGUGUUGGGCAAUUGAUCCCCUGUAAGUAUAUUAUUAGUCAAUUGUGGGGUGAGUUAUAUCACUUAAGUGGUGUUGCUGGUAGUUUCCUCCUCAGCAACUGCUUGUUGCAUACACUCGUUGAAAUUUAGAGUUCUAGGAGAUUUUGCUUCCGAAGCUUCACAAUCAUGUGUAAUAAUCACCUAACUAGUGUUAUGUAACUAUCUCUAUUUAUCAUUUUUCAAUUGUGAUGUGAGGGAGAAAAUGCAGCGUUUCAUAUGAUUUUAUUUA